AAGGGCCCGAGCCCGCUGCCCGGCCUUCCUCACUCCCGGGAGCUCAGCGUGUCACAGCCGCAGCCAUGAGGUGUCUCCAGCUCGCCCUGGGCCUGGCCCUUGUGUGUGGCCUCCAGGCCAUCGACAUCCCCCAGGCCACGAGGAACAUGGACCUGCAGAAGGUGGCUGGGAUGUGGCACUCCAUGGCCAUGGCGGCCAGCGACAUCUCCCUCCUGGACUCCGAGACCGCCCCCCUGAGAGUGUACAUCCAGGAGCUGAGACCCACCCCCGAGAACAAUCUGGAGAUCAUUCUGCGCAAACGGGAAGACAACAAGUGUGUUGAGAAGAAGGUCUUUGCGGAGAAAACUGAGUGCGCAGCCAAGUUCAACAUCAAAGAUCUGGAGGAGAACCAGCUCUUCGUGCUCGACACCGACUAUGACAACUACCUUUUCUUCUGCGUGGAGAACACGGGCACCGCCCCGCCGACACUGAUGUGCCAGUACCUGGCCAGGACCCUGAAGGUCGACAACGAGGUCGUGCAGAAAUUCGACAAAACCCUCAAGACCCUGCCCGUGCACAUCCGGCUCUUCCUCAACCCGACGCAGGUGGAAGAGCAGUGCCGCGUCUAGGGGAGCUCCUGCCUGACCUGCUCCUGCGGAGAGACCAGCCCAGCCCCCCACCCCACCCCAGAAAGCAGAAGUUUCCUUGUCCUUUCGAAGAAGCCGGCCACCCGGUCCCGCCCCUUCCUCCCUCCUGGGUCCCUGUGCUCGGGCUGGAGCCUGCGCUCUGAGGGUUCCAAAUAAAGCCGCAAGAU